CGGCACGCUUUACAGGCAAGUGGACGGGGUGGCAAUGGGCUCCCCAUUAGGUCCAAUUCUGGCUGAUUUCUUUCUAAGUAAGCUAGAAAAUGGACCUCUGAACAACCUUAUCAGAAAGUUCUCAUUUUAUUGCCGAUAUAUGGAUGACACCUUUAUUCUUUGUGAUAAUGCUUCCGAUAGGACUACAAUAAUUACUGAAUUCAAUGAAGUACAUCCGGCUAUGAAAUUCACAUGCGAGGAGGAAUCCCAAGACAGAAUUGCCUUCCUCGAUGUCCUACUUACAAGAAAACCAGACGGAAGCAUAAAAAGAAAUUUACAUAGAAAAAGUACUUGGACGGGACAAUAUACACACUUUCAUAGCUUCGUUCCCAUCAAAUACAAAAGGAAUUUGGUGAAGACCCUUAGCCACAGAGUUAGAGCUAUAUGCUCUGAGGAAGUAAUUAAAGAUGAAUUAAACAUUGUAUAUGAUACUUUAAUUGAAAAUGGUUAUCCUGACAAGUUUAUCAAGAAACAUAUGACGAAGAAGGCCGAAAAGGACGACCCACUAUCUGUAAACAAGAAGCCCCUUUAUAUACGACUACAAUUCAAGGGCGAUAAACCAAGUGAGUUAAUUACAAAGAAAUUAAGAAAAGCAGUUCAAAGGACUUUUAAUGCUGGCGAACUACACAUCUUAUUCUCUACAAGACCGAUGGUGCUACCUCGACUGAAAGAUGAAGUACCUAGACUGGCCACUUCAAAUUGUAUUUAUCAAUUCAACUGCGCUUGUGGAGCGAGUUAUGUUGGCCGUUGCUCUAGGAACUUGAUUUUUCGUGCUCGAGAACAUAUCCCACUAUGGCUAAGUAAAGGUGUAGUUAAAAGUAUUAACAGCUCGAUAUUAGACCAUCUGGUGCAAACCGGUCACAAAGCCAGCGUAGACGAAUCCUUCUCCAUAAUAUACCGGGUGCCCAACAAACUACCAAAAUCCUCGAAGCACCGCUUACUCCAAACAGCAGAGGCUAUUGCAAUUCGCCUCAAACAACCAGCGCUCUGUGUCCAAAAGAAACAAGUCCAGCCCCUACUACUGCCCUGGCCCUCAGUAGAGACUAUAAACUCAUGAAUUUGUACCAUUACCUUUCCUAAUUCUUCUGACAUUCAGUUUAUUUGAUGUUGAUGCUGUUCAGCUGUAAUUUAUCAAUAUUAUUGAUUUGAUGUUAUUUAAACAUUAAUGUCGUUCAUAAGACUAAUUCAUUCAUUCAUUAUAAUGUAUAUAUAAUUGUAGA